CACGCUAGUUAAAUUAAAAAGAGAGGAGGAGUACAUUCGCCUUUCGCUAGGGAAAGAACGGAAUAGGAACGAUUUAUUCUCUCCGCGAGUAAUUAUGAAAUAUGGAAAAUUUUGCAUGGCUUUUGUUUGUCUGUCGCACUUACAAAUCGCUCCAACAGACCAUAAAAACGAGCAAAAGAGAAUUUAGAGGACGAUGGUACGGCGAAUUAGAGCGCAUGCGCGGCAGACCUCGAGAGCGGAGUCGAGGCUACGACAGAUCGGUAGCUUCAAAGCGGUGAAGGUGCGACUUUGUGCUGCAACUCUCUUCAAAACUGUAUGUAAAUGUGCUAAAUACGAUCGACCCCGUCGCUCAAUCGUUUCAGGAUUAUCGCCGUGUGUUGUAAACAUCGUUUCCGAAUCAGUCGGACUAUGUAAAGAGCCGGAAUACCAUGGGGCCCGUCCAAGUUCGUACCUGUAGUUGGCUCGUCCCUCUUCUAGUCUACUAGAGUGCUUGCACGUGCGGGCUGGUAGCCCUCUACCAGCUUUAUCCUUCGUCCCUCCUCCACUUUUUUUAAAGCCAUGUAUGGGAAAAUUUUGCAGGUGGGGUGAGUUUACGCUCUAUCUCUCUCUCUCUUUUCUUCCUCGCUAAUUCUAUCCGAUAAGAAAUGAGCGGAUUGAAAACUGAUUGCAAGAAGUUCUCGCCGAAUAUAUUCAACAAGACCAAAUGUCAGAAUUGCUUCAGGACCAAAGAUGCCCAUUCCGCCGAAGCUUUGGAGUGCAAUAGGGCAACAAGAAAAGUUUCAAAAUGUGGAUAUUUAUUCGUUGCUCCUGAUUGGGACUUCACUGUUUCCAUUAACAGAACAAAACGAUGGCAGAGGAGGUGGUUUGUUUUAUAUGAUGAUGGUGAACUUACAUAUUCAGUGGAUGAACAUCCUGAUACAGUACCUCAAGCAGUGAUAGAUAUGAAUCAUGUCCUUGAAGUUGCUGAUGCAGAAGAUAUAACUGGCAAUCAAUUUGCUUUAGCAAUUACUGCACCAGAAAAAGUUCAUUUUAUCAAAGGAACCUGUCGAGAUGAAAGCAAAUGGUGGUUUGAUAUAUUGUCUCGUUAUCCAAAGAACACAAUUCGAGGAAAGCACAAAAGAAAUGCGACAUUUCCAGGUUUGAAAGCAACUUUAAUAACUGAAAAUGAAACGAAAGAAAAUAAAGUAUCCUAUGAAAAUAGAAUAUUUGGAAGUCGUCCACGGUUUUUAAGUUGCAAUACAGAUAACUAUGAAAAAGAAGAAUCCAAUUGGGCAAAAUUAAAUGACCAAGAUGAUGUCUUUCCCACCAAAGAAUCACAGUCAGAAAAUCUUACCUCUACACCUGUAAAUAAAGGAAGGAGUAACUCUGUAAUGGAGUAUUUACAUAAUCAUUUUGUUCUUACUGAGAACACCAACAAUACUCUAAAUGAUAAAAAUUCAUUUGAAGAAAAAAAUAGCAUUAUAAAUACAUCAAAUGAAAAAAGUUCUAAAGUUGUUAAUAAAACUCACAGUGAAGUUUUGCCAAAUGAAAAAAGUACAGAAAAUUUAGAAGCAGUAAAAGGUCAGAGUAGGAGAUAUUUAAAGAGGGAGAGUCGUGGUUUGAAAAGUCAGAGAAGCCGUUCAGAUGGGGUAUCAAAAAUGGUACCGCCAUUGCAUAUACGAGAAGAAAAUUUGGGUUAUUGGUCAGGACUUGAUUUUCGAAUUAAAAAAACCAAUUCAAGUUCACAAGAAAAGAAUUAUCAUCACAAUCCUGUUUAUUUACUUUUAUCUGAUGUGCCAUCAAUGAAAAAAUAUGAAUCAUUAGAAAGUAUACAGAAAGAUUGUCAUUCUCCACUUUUGUCACGCCAGAGGCAUAUCAGUGAAAAAGUGGAUGUUAUGAAAUCCUUGACACUAGAUGCUAAAUCUGAAAAUCAGUCAGAAAACAGAGACAAUUUAAAAACAGAUUACAUUAGCUCUACUCCAUUGAAUGACAAUAAUGAUGACUUGAAUUCCACAUCAUGUAAAAAUGGUGGUGUAAGUUGGGGAAAAGACAAUAAAAAAUCUGCAGUUCCUAUAAAAUUUUAUCAAGAUAAUGAAGUAGAUUGUCAAGUACGAGGAGAUCCAGACGGAUGUGGAUUAGAUGGAAUUUCUGUAUGUUGCUUGUCAAAUACAGAAAACAGAUUAGAAAGGAAUUCUGAAGAUAUUUUUCUAAAGAAAGGAUGGUUAAUGAGAUAUAACAUUAUAAAUGGGUGGUGCAAACAUUGGUUUGUUUUGCAAAAUUCAUCACUUGCAUAUUAUCAAGACCCAACAGCUGAAGAAUCUGGAGUUUUAGAUGGAGUUAUUGAUAUUGGAUUAGUGAAAAGUGUUGUUGAAACAGAUUCUGACAGAAAUUAUGCAUUUACAAUAACAAUGGCAGAUGAUAAAAAGCAUCUUUUAUCUGCAGUCACAGCUGGGAUUAGAAACAAUUGGAUUCAAGCAUUAGUUCAUAUUGGUAGUAUUUGGAACAAUAAGAAAGAGACUCUUGUUGAUCUGAAGAGUAAUUCAGAAAUAAAUGCUGAUAAUUAUUCUAAAGAAAAUUCGAAUAGAACAGGAACUCCUCCUAGUCCAGCUCCUUCUUUAGAUGAACCUGAUAAAGCUUUGGAUGUUUCAUCAAGUGAUGAUCAUUCAGAAUAUUUUUCUGUCGUGGAUGAAGGUGAAUUUAUAGGUAGGUCUUCAUCUCCAAGACAACUUCCUCCUUCUCCACCACUGAAUAGGACAGCCAUAUCUCGUGUAAAGGAAAGAGCACGAUCAAGAUCAAGCUCCAGAUCAAGAGCUAGUCAUCAGUUUUGGUCAUCUGGUAGUGAAUCACAUCAAAUUGGAAUUGAUGUGGAACAUAGUGAUGGUGGAGUUAGUGAUAAUUCAAAUUCAAGUUUCCAUGGUGUGCUUUCACUUUCUGAUCGGAAAGGAAUAUAUUAUGAACAUUCCGGCUUGAUGGCUAGUGAUAAUGAUGAUAAUCAUCCGACAGAUGAUAUUAUAAUAAACAAUAAAAAUGAGAAGAGGAAAACAAAUGAUUCUAAUAGAAAAACGAAAUAUUUGGAAAGGCACGAUGGAAACAAAGAGCAAAAAAUGAAUUUGCUUGAAGAACACUGCCGUGAACUUGAAAUUAAGCUAAAAAAGAAAGAGGAAGAAGUAGGAGAAAAAGCAGCAGAGUUAAAUAAUUUAAAAAGUUUAAAAGGAAGUUAUCACGACCUUGUCGAGAAAUACAAUAGCUUGAAGAAAAGGUUGGAAGACUGUGAAAAGAAGGUUUCUACAAAUAAUGAAGGAAAAUCAUAUAGGUUAAAAUAUGAAUCUUUAAGAACAAAAUAUAAAAAAGAAAAAGCAGAAUGGGAAAAUAAAGCAAUUACUUCAAAUAAAGAUGUAGACAGCGAAGAUAUUUUAAUAAUUUUGGAACAAAAUAAGAAACAGUUGAAUGAAUUGAAAGCAAAGCUCGAGAAAUCUCCAUUAAAGAAAGAUACCUUAUGGUCUACUUGGAAGGAAAGUACUAAAUUGUGUGAAGAAGUGGAACUUCUAGCAGAGAAUGAAAAGAAAUUUAAGAAGGAUAUUGAACUGAUUAAAUUGAGAAACAGUGUUGCUGAUUUGGAAGUAUUGUGUGGUACAAAACAGGAAGAAUUAGAAAAGCAUAAGCGAGAAUUACGAAAAGUUUAUGGAAACUUGGAAAAGAAAGAAAAUGAAAUUGGUUCAAUAUCUAAUGAAUUAAUGAAGGCAAUAGAAGAAAAUCGCUCCAUUAAAGAAAAGAUAAAAAGUUUAGAUGAUCAUUCAAAGAAAUCAGAUUUUGUUGAUAUACAAAAAGAUCAAACUUCACAAGAUUCAAUUGGCUAUGAGGCAAAUUCAAAAGAAUAUGAACUGACAGGCAAAUAUGAUAGAGCUAAGGAAGAAAUAAGAAACCUAAAAAAACAGUUAAGAGAAGCACACAAUGCUUAUGAUGAGCUUGAAUUACAUUGUUUCAAACUUGAGCAGGACAUGAAAGGAAUGGAAGAGUUACAUCAUUCUCAAAUGGCAUUAAUGACAGCAAGAGUCGAUGAUUUAACUAUGAAAUUUACAACGUCUGAACGUAAUUUGAGAGCUCUUCGUCAGAAACUGGCUAAAGUCGAAGCAAAACAAGAAAGAAGACGUAGCUCUCUAAAAGGAAAAGAAGCAUUAAAUUUAAGCAAAGAAUAUGAAGUAAAAUUAACCGAACUAGAACAAAAAAUAACUACUUUGGAAACUGCUCUGCAGACCUCUCCAGAAUCAGAAGUCAACUGUAGAAGCAGUAAUGAAAAUGAAAAUGCAGAUAGCUUAGAGUCACCUUCCUCUUGUCAGAAAAGCUUACAGAAGAGAAGGUCGUCUCAAGAUUGUGGAGAGGCCCAUGGAAUGCUUUUGAGACUACAUAAUUUAGACACAAAAGUAAAAAAGGCAUCUUCUCUAGUAGACAAACUAAAUCAGUCUAAUAGUGAAUCUGUUUCAGAAAAACCAAAAAUAUUAUUACAAGUAAAAGUUAGCGAUGGAACUGACGUAGCUGAAGAAAGCGAAGAAUGGAGUUCAUUAUCAGUGACGGCAAGCAUGACCGAUUUAAGCACUAUCGAUGGAGGAGAGCUGGAUCAUCCGCAGUCAGGAAAAGAAUGUUUAGAUCAUCUCAGUAAAAAAGUUAAAUCUUUGUUAUCCUGGUUGAAAAAUGUAUUAGAAAAUUUGAGAAACCAAGAAAUAUCUUCAAAUACAGAAAAUUAUCCAAAAACCGAUACCGAAAUGAACAAAAUCAUUGAUGUGUUAGAAUAUAUGUGUUCCGUUGAUACCGAAAAAUUAUUUAAUUCAACCAAUAAAGAAGAAAAAGAAUUUUUUGCCAUUAUAUAUAAACUGUUACUUAUACAAGAAGUUGCAAGGACUUUAUGUAAACUAAAUGAUUUUGAAAAAUAUAAAUAUGAAUUAAUUAGGCAAUAUUUGAUAAGAAUAAAUCAUAUGCUUAUAUUCUUAGAACAACAUCUAAAUCAUAUUUCAGAAAAAUCAAUUUCGGGAAAUAAAGAAAUUCAAAACGAUUCAAAUAAUAUAAUAAAAUUCACUAAAAAACUAUUUUCCUGUGAUCAAGAAUCUGAAAGCUUUCUGUUUAAUGAAAAUUCCAAAGAACACAGAUAUAAAGAAAUGUGUAAUCAUUUGUGUGAAAAUUUUGAAAUUGUGGAUCAAAAAAGUAAAAGUUUAUCGGAACUGACGAAAAAAUUUGUAAAUACAAGGCAGAAAGAACUCUUUGAUUAUUUAAAUGAUGGUUCUACUAAAAUAGUCGGUCAUUUAAAUUUAGAAAAUGACCAAGAAAUACUACUUUCCGAAAUGAAUUCUAUAGUAUCGCAGAUUGUAGGACAAUUGGAAAAUCAGCUUUUAGUAAUUGAAAAUCAACAAACAAGUUUUCUUAAAUACGAAUGGGAAGUUUUUUAUGCAUUAAAUUAUUCUAUUUGUAAAUCCGUUAAUCAGCACACGACCAACUUUUUAUCCGAGAUGAGAGAGAUUCUUUUAAAAUCGCAAGAAAAUUAUUAUGGUGCUUCUCAUUUAAAAUUUUUUACUGACGUCGUAAAUGAAAUAGCUUCGAUAAUAGUGAUGAACAGCAUGAUAAUCGGAAGUGUAGCAUUUUUAAAAGACAGUAUUGAUAACAUUCAGCAUAUGUCUUCAUUUGGCAGUGUAGAUAUUAACAGUAAUAAAGUAAACGAAACCGUAAUAUGCGAGAGACUUUCUUCUUCGGCCAAGUGGUGCCUUGGACUUUUUCAACCCGUGUCUAUUCAAAAUAUUUUGUGUAGUUGGUGUUGCAAUAGAGUUUGUGCCAAUUUAAAUGUUGAAAUGAUGUGUAAAGAAAACACUAAAAAUCUAACUAGUUUAAAACAAAAGUACAAAGAUGAUUUGGAAAGAGAGAGAAAAGCAAAUAGUGAAAAACUGCAAUUAUUGGAAUAUGAGUUAAAUAAAAAAUAUGAAUGUGAAAAUUGUCAAAAAGCAGAAGUAGAGAUUCAAGAACUUAAGAAAAGCCUUGAAAGGAACAUUAAACAAAGCAAAUCUUGUGACAAUUGUGAGAAAUUAACCAGAGACUUGGAAAGUCUUUCCAAAUGCUUGGGUGAUUUAAACUUAACAGUUGAGCAAGAAAGAGAACUUUCCAGAAGGAAUGCUGAGGAAAAAUUAAAACAGGAGAAAGACCAUGGUGAUGAAAUGGAAAGAAUGAAGCGAGAAUUGCUUUUUGCGCAGAAACACAUUCAAAAUUUAAAGGAAGAAUAUGAUUCACAAAUUUCAAGUCUUCAAAGUGCAUAUGAACAGAAGCUAUCUCAGAAUGUUGACGUAAUUAAUGAAGAAGCAGUUCGAAAGCGUUAUCAUUCUGAAAUUGAACAGUUAAAAUGUCUUUGUUGUAACGGCCUUACUGUCAUGGAAAAGUUCCAUCAACACACUGUUGCCGAAUUAGAAAGAAAACAUAGAGAAGAAAUUGCUUCGUUAGAACAGGAAAAAGAAAAAGCUCUUGCUGAAGAAACUCAAGCUACGUUGACAGCAUUAGAAGCUUUAAAGAAAGCUCAUAAGGCUGAACUUCAGAAUGAAAUUAUUAAGUUUAAAGAAAAUUAUAUACAAAAAAUGCAAUUAAAUAAUGAAAAUAAAAAUUCAAGAAAAGAGUAUGAGUAUGAAUUGGGAGAAAUUAGACAAGAUAUACUUUCCUUAUCAGAAAAAUAUUCUGUGAAAUGUCUGGAGAAUGCAUCGUUAGAAGAGAAAUUAAUUGCUCUUCAGUGCCAACUGCAAGAGUCAAAUUUUCAGCUCUUUGACUUGAUUGCAAGGAAUAAGCAGUUGAGAGCCUAUUUAGCUUCUGAUAUUGCACAGAAAUUAGACAUACUUCAAAAUGGUAGUCAACUUGAUGAAAUGGAAAAACUAAAAAAAUUACUUAGUCUUCGAGAGGGGGAAUUAACAAAACAACAAGAAGAAAUUGCUCAGUUGAAACAAGAACUCCAUCUGGCACAAACACAUGCAGACACUUUAGAUAGUCAUUGCAAGCAACUUGAUAACAGUUUGAAGAGUGAACGAACACAAAGAGAAGAAGAAAUAAAAUCGUUGCAGUUACAAUUAAAAGCUGUAUUGUCUAAUUCUUCUUUGGGAUUCCAAGAAGGUAACGAUGCUUGUUCUUCACCAAGCAAACAGUGCAAAAUUGCAGUUACCUGUGGAAGAGAGUUGGCGAGGUCAGUGAGCUAUCCUUCGCUCCACAGACUGCCGGUGCUGACGGCUCCCCAGACUACGUCUGGCACUCCGACUCAGAAUGACGACGACUGGUGAAAUCCAGCGAACACACACUGCACAUUGUA